GUGCACGGCUUGGAGAAACAGGUGGGCAGAUCUCUGGAUUACCUGGAGCAGGGACCAUCCGGCACAGUCUUCAAGAGCCUCCCAUACGGCGUUCCCGCUCCGUCAGGCGGCGUCAAACCUCCACAGCAGACCUCCAGGAUAUACUCCACGCCGGACCACACGCCCUCGAAGCCCAAACCACCCACCUUCAGCUUCCAGAACCCCUACGAAUGGAUGCGAAACCAGUCGCAGCUCCUGGACCAAACGGGCUACCGUCCCAAACGCAAGCCCUCCCUCAAAACCUCCAUGAAGACUAAAAAGAUCUUCGGCUGGGGCGACUUCUACUUCAACGUCAAGACGCUCAAGUUCACCCUUCUGGUGACGGGGAAGAUCGUGGACCACAUCAACGGGACGUUUACAGUCUACUUCCGGCACAACUCCUCCAGUCUCGGGAACAUUUCGGUGAGCAUCGUUCCUCCGUCCAAAAUCGUUGAGUUCGAGGUUCUCCAGAACCCUCUUCACUCUGAGAUCCAGUUCCACCAGCCGCACCAAUCCACCAUCGACCCCAAAGACGUCAAAACCUUCAACUGUCGCGUCGAGUACGAGAAGACGGAUCGCUCCAAGAAGCCCAAACCCUGCCUUUACGAUCCAUCCCAGACCUGCUUCACUGAAAACACCCAGUCGCACUCAUCCUGGCUCUGCGCCAAACCCUUCAAAGUCAUCUGCAUCUUCAUCUCCUUCUUCAGCAUCGACUACAAGCUAGUGCAGAAGGUCUGUCCGGACUACAACUUUCAG